AGAGGGAGUCAGCGACUUCUGUCGGUGAGCGGUGGAAUUACAACAAGUUUGAACAGAGACAACUUUUAGCGACUUGUACAACAGGGAAAGAGGAUGAAGAAUAAGAAUUAAGGAAAUAGCCCAAAGAUAGAAAUGACAACUGCACCAAGAAGUAGAAGAAGAAAGACGUCAAAGAACUCUUCUCCGGUAAUUAGAUUUAAAAACAUUAUUUCUAUGACUGUUUUUUUAAUAGCUGUUAAAAUAAGUAGACUAUUGAUUAUAAAAACACGAGCGUUAUCGCACUUCGGAUUUGUUUAUACGCGUUUCCAUAACAACUACGGCCGUAUUGCAGAUCUGCAGUUUAGAAUCGUCAACUAAAAUAAUUAAUAAGAAAGUUGUCCGUGUACAUAACCCCUAUAGAAAAAGACAUAAUUAGACCGAUCACUGGGAAUUAUUGAUUGACUACGCAAACGUUCGCCAAAUAGAUUUUAUUUCGAUCAAUAAUAUAAAAAAAGCGGCAAAUUCCUUGCGUAUCUUGACUCUUUUGAAAGCGAGGGGUAGAUCACGUGAUGUAAAAUGGAAGAUGCUUUAAUUCAGUGGAGAAUCAGGGAGAGGGAACUUUUGUUCGCUUGUCUCCACGUAACGAUAGAGGCAAGGGAUGGAGAAAUCAGAGACGCCUUCGACGAUUUACUAAGAACAAAUUCCGUAGAACUCGCCAGUUUAAGAUCAAGGAAUCAUUCAAACGAACGCCAAAUCAGUCGUUUAUCGACCGAAAUUGAAUACCUGCAGCAGAGAAAUGAAGACUUGCAAAGACGGCUCGACGAAGCGGCUAUAAAGACCGGCUCUCUAGAGCGGGAUAAAGAGACGGUUAUCAGAACGGCAGAUAUGGAAUUAUAUGAUGCGAAAAGUGAAUUAGAUAGGACUAGGAAAGAACAAGAAAUUUUGGAUAAUGAAAUUCGCCAUAUGAAAGCAGAAAGGGCUGCCCUUAUUUCUGAAAUGGACGAUUCGAAGUCGCAGCUCGGAGAGGAGAUUGCUCAACUAAGAGAGCUUUUAAGUAAGGCUCACACCGAUAAGAAAAAGUUAAGUAGCCGUAUCACAAAGCUGACAAAUAAUGAGAGAGAGUUGGUAUUAGAGAUUGAUAGGCUUAAACACAGAAGUUCGUCUGUUAAGAAUGGUAAAAAGACGAAUAAGCAUGUGGAAAAUUUAAUCAAAUGCUUAGAAGAAGAGAGGAAUUAUUGGAAAAGCGAAGCGGAUGGAUUAAGCAAGCUCUUGAAACUGGGAGGAACUGUUCGAUCACGUUCGAUUUCACCCUCGAGGAAGGGUUCAACAAAAGCAUUACAAGAAGCUUUACAAACUGCUGAGGAAGAGAGAAACCACUUCAGAAGAGAAUGCGAUCUCUUAAAAGCUAUGCGUAGAUCCCCAUCCCCUACUAGACGAUCCCAAUCUAAAACAACCUCCAAUGAAAUUAAUAACGAAUUUGAUAAAAUGAAAAAGGAGAGGGAUGAACUCCAAUUGCUUCUUGAUAAAUUCGAAAGACACAUGGCCGAAAUUCAGUCGAAUGUUAAGGUGCUAACUUCAGAAAGAGAUAAAUUAGCUGGAAUGUAUAAGGAAUCAAAACAAGAAUUAGACCGUCUACGCAGAGAUGUUGUCAGAUCUACAAAAUCCGCCAAAUCAUCCAUAGCAGUGCAAAACGUUCUACAUAGAGUAGAAUCCGAAAGAGAUAGCGCCUUAACGGAAUUAAGACGUAUGACCACUGAGAGAGAUUCUUUAAGAGAACGCCUAAAAAUUGCUACUGAAACUCAUUUGUCGGACCGUGCACAUUUGGAACAGAAAGUAGAUGAUUUAGAAUCGGCAAUGAGAGCCUCAGAAUUGGAUAAGGACGAAGCCAUAAAUCGUUUGAAAUCUAUGCAAGACGUCAUUGACGCUGUUGAAGCAAAAGUUCGCGUUGAAGGAGAAGCGUCGGCAACUCAUAAAGCGACUGCUACUCAAAUGAGACUAAUUGCCGAAAAGGCAGAAAGAGCCGCUCACGAUGCUCAAAGACAAUUGGCUAAAUACGAAAGCGAAGUUAGAGCAUCCCGUGAAAAAAUCGCCGAUUUGGAGGCCGAAGCUGUUAGUCUUAGGCGGCAAGUCAGCGGAGAAAGAGAACAAGCUAAAACCCUUCAUUCGACUGUGGUUGCUGGAAAGAGAGAUAACGAUAGACUGAGGGAAGAAGUUACCCAAUACAGUCUUGAAGUCGAAGCAAAAGAUAAGGCAAUGAUUGAAAAUAGAAGACUUAUUAACGAAUUAGAGUCUCAAUUAGAUCGCUACAAAGGUGAGUUUAAAGCUCACGAAGAAGAAAUAAACGAUUUAAGAAGGAAGAAAAAUGAAUUUGGAGACGAAAUUUCCAUUGUUAAAAGAUCUAGAGAAGAGCUAAGCAGAGAAAAUCGUAAACUAGUUGAGGAAUUGCACGCAACGAAAGAAGAAUUAAGACAAGUACAAGCCCAAUUGGAAGAGGCUGACGCCGACGAACAAGAAUUAAAAGAUCAAAUACAAGGUUACGUUGCCGAAGUAAAAAGAGUCGAAGAUCUGCUCAAUUCAAAAGAACAACAGAGAAACGAUUUAUUGGAACAAUUUAAAACAAUGAGUGCCAGUGCCGAACGUUAUGAAACUGCAACCCACGAAUUACAAAGCCAAAGCUCGUCUUUAAGAUUGGAAUUGACUACAAGAGACGCCGAAAUAAGACGUUACAAAGAUCGUGCGGAAGAGGCUGAACGCCAAUUAGCCGAAUGCUCUAGAUCAGAGAAUGCUUACCAAACUCAGAUUAACAGUCUAACGAAAUCAGUUGCGCAAUUAGAGGAAAGUUUACGUAGGGGAGAGACUGAAAAACGUUACUUAAGUAACGAUUUAUCGGCCGUACGUGAUAUAUGCGGAAAAUCGGAGCUAUCAAAAGAUCAAAUAGCUCGUCAGUUUGCAAGAUCGCAAACUCAACACGCUGAAUUAGCAAGAACUGUGGAAGAUUUGAAAUCUGAAAACAAUGAUUUAAAAGAUCAACUGGGCUCCAGCCACGAAGCUAUCUCGAAAUUAGAAGAUUUAAUUCAUUCAAACAAGGAUAGAGAUUUUCAGAAUAAAAUAGCUCACCAGGAAGCUGAAUCUGAAAUAAACUUGCUAAAAGAUAGGCUGAAUUUGAAUGAAAGCAAAGUGGACAGUCAAAAUAGGGAAUUGAAUGCUCUGAGAUCAAAGAACAUACAGGUAGAAGCGGAAGUUGAUAAGCUGAGAAGACAAUUAACGAACGAAAGAUUCGAAAAGGAACGUGCCGCUCAAGAACUAAGACGUCAUGGUAUUGCACCACCGGGCGAAAGAUUGCAAUUGCGAACAAUAAAUGGAAAUCCAUUAAGCUACUAA